UUCUCCCCCCUUGACCGACCUGCUCCCCGUUUUCCCCUUCCCAGAUUUCUUUCUUCGCUCCUCCCCCGUGGUGAGCUCGCCGUGAUCUGCCUCCGGCGACCGGAAUAGCGUCGAGCGGCCGCUUCCCUUCUCCUCCUACCCACCCCUCUGCACCAGAUCAAGCCACUCGCUCGAGCUGGAUCGGGCCUUCCGGGGGAGGAACGGCGGCCUUGGAGAGAGGGCUGGGGUGGGCGCCUGCGGCGGCGAAGGGGGAGCCGUGCCUUGCCGGCUGCAGCGAAGUUUGGGAGUGGAGGUGGGGCAAAGCAGUGGGUUCAUGCGAGGCCCGGCCGAGGGCGGCCAGUUGGAGCUUUUCCCUAUGAAAGAUCUGCUCAGAUUAGUUGCAGCCUCUCUGGCGGAGCGUACAGUAAACUGUUACUGGGUUCAAGAAGAAGAACUGGUGCAGACAUCCAAGCGUGUUUGGUUAUUGAACCCAUUAGGUUGCAGCGCAGUUUGUACUUCAGCAACAAAAUGAAGCGGAAAUGUUGAUCAUGUGCCACUGGUGUUGGAAUGAGAUAACUUGCACCAUUGGGUGAUAAAAUCAUAAAUGACCUUUUGGGACGGGAAGGAAUCAAAGAACUGUAUCAAUGAACUUCCUACUAGACCUUAAGCAUCUCAAGCACAUUAGCUUGCUGACGAGGCCUGUCAUUUGCAAAUGCCUUCUAGUAGUGAUUGGUCUUAUUGUAUUGAGAGCGAUUGUCUCCCCUUUUCUCGCCAUUAAUUUGUCUGAGAAGAGUUUUUAUGAGCCAUCAACCCUUGACCUGUUUCCUGGAGUUAGGAAAGACAAGUUUGUUGAGGUCCCACAGAUUAUAUGGGGAUUGAACAAUCAGAAGAUCGCAUUUGCCAGGGCAUGCUUGACUGCCAAAUUCCUGAAUCGGUCUCUGCUCAUGCCAAGUCUGAGUGCUUCACUUUUUUACAAAGAGGUUGACUUUCUGCAGCCUAUUCCUUUCGACAAGGUGUUUGACUUCACCAAAUUCAAUGCACGCUGUCAUGGGUUUGCAAGGCUAGCUCGGUACUCCGAGGUUUCGAAUCAUACUGAGCCCUAUAAACUACAAAAGGGAAGUGGUAGGAGGUGGACAGUGGAGAGAGACUUGGAUCAGCUGCAACAGUCCAAAACGGGUGAAGCCGAUGGCUAUCAAGUAAUUCAUGUCACUGGGAAACAUCCGUUUCUGUGGCCUGACCAUUGGCCAGUGAAGAACUAUGCCAAGGUCUUCGAUUGCCUUGCCUUAGCUCCUGAUAUAGAAGCUGAAGUAGUCAAGGUCAUAUCCAAGAUUAAAGAUGCAGGGGAAAAAGCAAGACACGAGGCUGCUAUUUCCCAUAAAAAGAAGAGUAUAGAUGAUGGUUCGUUAAAUCUGCCUGUGCAGUACAUUGCUGUUCGCAUGAGAAUAGAGAAGGACUGGAUGAUCCACUGCAAGAAGUGGGAGAAGCGGUCUAACUUGAAGGAAAUCUGCAGCAGCAAAGGAGAGAUCAUUCAUAAGGUCUCACAGAUCACUGAUCUACGCCGGCCGGUUGUGGUUUAUCUUGCUGUAGCCGACAGCCUUCUAGAAGAUGAUUCUGUCACCAGUGGCUGGAGAGUGGGUAUGAUUGCCUAUGAGAAGAAGAAACUCGGAGUUACUGACAUAUACGAGAGGCAGCCUUACCUUCUAAAGUCUGCCAUCGACUUUGAGGUGUGCGCGAGAGCAGAUGUGUUUGUUGGCAAUAGCUUCUCAACAUUUUCCAACCUCGUAGUUUUAUCUAGAACAGAAAGGCUGUAUAAGCUGGGGGUGGAAAGCUCAUGUGGCGAGGAUGUUGGGCUGUCAUCAUAUGCAUACAAUGUUAUUGGAGAUGACGGCGGGCCUCAGAGAUGGAUGACAGAUAUGUUGGACACAAGCCUUCAGCGCAUAAGCUAUGGAACAAAUAACAUCUCCUGCCACUGACAGUUGGUUGACCCACAUAACAUCUGACUGAAACACAAUCGCACACAGGAAGGUGAUUUUUUAGCUGAAUACUGUCUAGAAAUGAGCUUGUCGAUGGUACUUUCCAUGCUAGAAUCUGGGCGGCCACACUAAUGAAAUGAGUUUGGCCAAGAGCUCUCUGUAUUUUGUGAGUGUGUACAAAAGUUGUUUCCUGAGCAGUAUUUUUUUUUUAGUUUGCAGAGUUAGACUUGUGUGACAUUUUAUAUGGUUCAUUGGGAGCAACUUGCUUCACAUUAUUAGUAACUUAGACGCUGCAUGCCACUUUCACAUGAACAUGUGUAUGAGGUGCAUUAUUUCGCUUAUGUUGUUCCAACAUAUGAAAACUCUCGAUUCUGCA